AAUUCUGAUUAACAUGAGACAUCUCUCAGCUCUACACGAUCUUUCUUUGGAGAGUUAUGGAAUUUAUACGAAAAGCUCUAAAUUCAUCUUUCCUUCUUCUUUCUGUAGCUCUAAGAUGACAAUAAACAUUCAGAGCUUUUCGUGUAAAUUCUAUAACUCUACAAAGAAAGAUCAUGUAGAGCUGAGAGAUGUCUCAUUUUAAUCAGAAUUUCGCGGGCUACAGUUGUGAAUUAUUCAGAAAAAUUCUUGGGAAUUUUUCGAGGUUUCUGGAAAACUGGUUUUCCAGAAACCGGUUAGGAAAGGCCUAUGGGCCCAAAUGAAUAUCAUAUUCGGAAUCAGCAUAAUCGAUUACCUAUAAGCUACCGCAUUUCGUUAGAAAAGCGAUUUGACAGUUGGAUAUGUUCCCUCGUUAGAUGGAUCAGAUGAAGGAGGUUAUAGAAAUUUACCGUUAAUGACACUGGAAAUGGCUGUUAAAGACCUAAAACCUAUGAUUGGCACAUUACAAAGAGAUGUUUGGAUAGCGAAACAAAACUGGCAACAUCUUUCCGACCAUUUAACACAAGAUGAAUCUGCUGCUAUUCACUUAUAUACAAUGGGAAGUGUUUUUGAACAUCUUAGUGACAUGUUACGUUCCAAAAACAGGACAGAAUUACUAGCCCCUUGGCUGCCUUAUUUAAAAUUGCUUCUAACGGCAUUAUGCAAACUACCAGCGGUUAAAAAGAUAGUUUGGCGUGGGACCAGCUUGGAUUUAAGUACAAAGUAUAAAACAGAUGAUAGAUGUGCUUGGUGGGGUUCCAGUAGCUGUACAGAAACACUUCCAGUAGCCGAAUUUUACCUUGGUGAAUCUAGUUUUAGAACAUUGUUCUGUAUCGAAUGCGGAAAUUGUUGA